GUUUUUUACGCAGAUGAAAGAACGUAACGUAGUGAAACGUCACAGCGUCCUGACGCUACAGCCCAGAAAGAACAGAUGAAACGGAGAUGACCAGGCAAAAAUUAACUGAGUUUGUAGUCGUUACAGCAAAUAAUUGUGCAAAAUGAAGCAAGUCUGGAAUUUGCUCUUAUUGCUCUUGUAUUUCGUCGCGUGUGGGGAUCCCACGAAUGGAGGGACAGUGUCUGUGAUGGAGGGAGAUUCAGUCACUUUAAAAUAUCUGAUGGAAAAAAAACAAGAAGAAGAUAUCAGAUGGUAUUUUAAUAAUAGUCCCAUCGCUGAAAUCACCGGUGAUCACAGUAAGAUCUGUACAGAUGUUCAGUGUGAUAAUGAGAGAUUCAGAGACAGACUGAAGCUGGAUUAUCAGACUGGAUCUCUGACCAUCACGAAAAUCAGAACCUCAGACUCAGGAGAAUAUGAUGUUCUGGUCUCAAGCAAAGUCCAUGGAGGAGCAGGGUCCUACUCUGUUGUUGUUCAUGGCUUGUCUGGUGUUGAUGAAGAUGAAAUGCUACUAAUCGAAGGAGAUUCAGUCACUCUACACACUGGUGUUAAAACAAACCAGCAAGAAAAGAUUAAAUGGUAUUUUAAUGAUAUUCGAAUAGCUCAAAUCAGCGUAGAUCAGAGUAAGACCUGCACAGAUGUUCAGUGUAAAGAUGGUGAUGAGAGGUUUAGAGGCAGGUUAAAGCUGAACAAACAGACUGGAUCCCUGACCAUCAUGAACACCAGAACCUCAGAUGCCGGACUUUAUAAACUACAGAUCAUCAACAACAGAAUCAGCAUCAUGAAGAGAUUCAGUGUUACGGUCUCUAGUUCAUCUGGUGUUGAUACCGAGGUAAUGGCAGCAUCUGUGAUGGAGGGAGAUUCAGUCAUUUUAAAUUCAAAUGUUAAAACAAACCAACAAGAAAAGAUUAUAUGGUUUUUUAAUGGCAUCCGCAUCGCUCGAAUCAGUGGAGAUCUCAGUAAUAUAUGUACAGAUGUUCAGUGUAAUAAAGGUACUGAGAGAUUCCGAGACAGACUGAAGCUGGAUCGUCAGACUGGAUCUCUGACCAUCAUGAACACCACAACCACAGACUCUGGAGAUUAUCAACUACAGAUCAUAAGCAACAAGAUCAGCAUCGGGAAGCCCUUUAGGGUUUUUGUUCAUAAUGUUUCUGUUGCAAAACAAGAAGAAAUGAGAAGAAAGUCGGUGAAGGAGGGAGAAUCUGUCACUUUUGAUCCCGGUGAAUCAAAAAACCCCAAUGAUUCCUUGACGUGGUAUUUUAAAGACAUUCUCAUUACUGAAAUCACUGGAGAUCAGUGUAAGAUUUGUACAGAUGUUCAGUGUGAUGAUAGAUUCAGACACAGACUGAAGCUGGAUCGUCAAAAUGGAUCUCUGACCAUCAUGAACAUGAGGACCUCUGACUCUGGACUGUAUAACCUAACGGUCACUAACAUCAGAUUCAACACCAUAAAGAGCUUCAGAGUUGAUGUCACUGCUGAUGUAAUAAGACUAUAUGCUGCUGCUGCUGCUGUUUUUGGUGUCGUUCUGCUGCUUGUUGCUUUAGCGGCUGCUGUGAUUUACUAUUACAAGCUCCGAAAAAGAAGUGCAGAAAUCGCAAUGCAGGCCAGUCAUCAGGAUAAUGCAGAAGAAAGUCAACAGAUGCUAAAUGUGUCCUCUAAUCAGCUGGGGACUCAUUCACCCAGUGAAUGACAUGUAACAGUAAUGUUGGUAUUUAUUUAUUUUUUUCAUAUAAAGAGAAGAUUCAGGGUAAAAUGGUUUAAUACUCAAAAUAGAGGGGUAACAAGACAUUUUACACAGAAUAGCUGCUAUUAGACCAGAUAAACUGCUAUUAGAUUAAAGUUUUAUUUUUGUCAGAUUACAGCACUAUAAGAAAUACAGAAAUAUAAUCAUUGCGUUUUUGAUCAUCUGCAAAAGCUGUGCUUGAACAUCACUGUGGAGAAAGUGCCAACAGAAAAGCAAAUAUGCCUAAUGCCUUCUAACAAGUCUAACUUUUACCUCAAUGGUUGCACAAUUGUAGGUGGGGAGGAGUGAAUAAGAUCUGGUUCAAAGAGUGUUGUCCUAUCUGCUAUCUUCAGUCAGCUUUCUCUUUAAACUUCAAAGAAAUUCCAGGUCAUCUCCACAGGAGCCGUUAACCGUGGCCCAAACAUACUAAAAAGCCACAAUACACACAAGGAGAUUGGCUCCAUUAAUCCACAAACUGUACGCGUUCCUGUGUUGUAGGCAUGUUCGUAGUUUAUCAAAGCUUAGUUAUAAUGCCGUAGCACUGUAGUGAAGGUCCAGCUCCUUGGAGACGUAGGAAUGUAAUCACUGCCUUAAUGUUUUCCACACCCUGGCAUGCUAGGUGAUAAAUGACUGUCUUCUGAUUCCUGGAUUGAUGCUGUAUACUAUGUCACCCUAAUUUGUGUCAUGCUCUUUCUUAUCAUACUUUGACUUAAUAUUGAAAAAAAAUCACCAGAUCGCUGUAAACCAGGGGUGUCAAACUCAAUUCCUGGAGGGCCGGAGCCCUGCAGAGUUUCAACCCUGCUAAAACACAUAUACUAUGCAUGUCUGAAGUAUUCGAUUAGCUGGAUCAGGUGUGUUUAAUUAGGGUUGCAUCUAAACUCUGCAGGGCUCCGGCCCUCCAGGAACUGAGUUUGACACCCCUGCCAUGCAAAUAUACCAUUGUGUGAGACAAAGGAACCUUGAUUAUUGUAUGGCUUUAAAUAGCCUUUUAGCCUUUUCACACUUGCAUAUAAAUUUCAGACCUGGAACUCCAGGAACUGGACGCAACCGGACCAGGAUGUCUGUAUUGCCUAAAAUAUCCAAGUCCAUCCAAGUUUUCAUAAUUGCUGAAGGUUUUCGAAAAGUAGUUUUACCAAUAACAUGUAGCCACUGUAUAUGGAGCAAAUAAAAUGUGUACAAAAAUA